CAAGCUCAACCACAUUCAUCAUUUUCCUCGUACAACACACACACAGAGAUUGAGAAUCGAGAAGAAUAAGAAAGAACCAGAGAGAGAGAGUAAUCAAGGAAGGUGAAAAUGACGGAAGCGAUGAUAAGGAAGAAGCCAGGGAUGGCGAGCGUGAAGGACAUGCCGGUUCUUCAAGACGGUCCACCACCUGGCGGGUUCGCUCCGGUUCGGUUCGCUCGAAGAAUCCCGAACACUGGACCAAGUGCCAUUGCGAUUUUCCUCACUACUUUUGGUGCUUUCUCUUGGGGAAUGUACCAGGUUGGACAGGGUAACAAGAUCCGAAGGGCACUGAAGGAAGAGAAAUAUGCUGCCCGGCGAGCAAUACUGCCUGUGCUACAGGCUGAAGAGGAUGAGAGAUUUGUUCAAGAGUGGCAUAAAUAUCUUGAGUACGAGGCAGACGUCAUGAAGGAUGUGCCUGGGUGGAAGGUUGGUGAAAGUGUCUACAACUCUGCGAGAUGGAUGCCCCCAGCAAGUGGUGAGUUGCGUCCUGAUGUCUGGUGAUGUUAUUUUAGCCAUCACUAUCAACAAUUGGUCUGGUCUGCUCCCUGCAUUAUGUUACAUUGUGAUACUUACAUCCAGUAUCUGAAAUAAAGUUGUACCUGGAACAUUUGUAAUUGUAUUGCUGAAUUCUAAAACAAAAUGCUUUUUAAAUUUAGUAUUUCAUGUUGGCUAUCAGUCAUCUAAUGUAUAUGAAGAUGAAUGCACAUCCUUGUCAUAAGACAUUUUUCUCAAGAUGAAUGCAGCAGUUUUUUUCACUC